AUAAAGAGGACACUUAGAGCCUCAUACUCGUUCUUCCUGUUAUUUUCAGGUCCUUUAACAGUUACUCCCGGCCAUGCCCGAGCCCGCCAAGUCGGCUCCGGCCCCGAAGAAGGGCUCCAAGAAGGCGGUGACCAAGGCGCAGAAGAAGGACGGCAAGAAGCGCAAGCGCAGCCGCAAGGAGAGCUACUCGGUGUACGUGUACAAGGUGCUGAAGCAGGUGCACCCCGACACGGGCAUCUCGUCCAAGGCCAUGGGCAUCAUGAACUCGUUCGUCAACGACAUCUUCGAGCGCAUCGCGGGCGAGGCGUCCCGCCUGGCGCAUUACAACAAGCGCUCGACCAUCACGUCGCGGGAGAUCCAGACGGCCGUGCGCCUGCUGCUGCCCGGGGAGCUGGCCAAGCACGCCGUGUCCGAGGGCACCAAGGCCGUCACCAAGUACACGAGCGCCAAGUGAGCCCGCCUGCUGCAGAGCAAUCGGUAAGGCUCGGCACACACCCCAAAGGCUCUUUUCAGAGCCACUCAGCGUUCUAAAG